UCUAUGCAGUAGCACGGUAAAUAUUUCACCACAACGAGUUACACAGCGAGCACGUAAAAUUUACUACCGAUGUCGGGAGAGAAUGAUUUACAAGGUAGUUAAAAGCAGCACCUACGUUUCUUGUGCACCGACUCGUUCGAUCGAAAGCACAAUGUGAAAUGACCUACGAGCAUUCGUACUUGAAACAUCUGUCUAGCAUUAGAUUAUUUGGGAAGUUCGUGGUGUUUUUCACAGUCGUUAUAUAUCUCUGUAUAUUUCAGCGUCUGAACUAAAUUAAAUCUACUGUACUUUUCGCAAAUUUGUCAACUUUGUUACUUGAAUACAUGAUCAGUCCCCAACCUAAAAAAAAAAAAAAAAGAAAAUGGAACAAUUGCCUAACUACAAAAAACAUUCUUUAAAAAGUAUACAUAUCAUCAUUUUUAUCUACUUUUUAAUUUAUUGAAUAGCUUAAAUGAUAAGAUGGAGAAGACAAUUGUUCAUCACAAACUUCCAGGAUGAAACAAUAAAUUGGAACAAAUACUAAUCCAAAUUGGAUAUUAGAUGAUUAACAUUAAGAUGUAAAUGAGUGUAGGAACAAGAUAGAGAUAAAAAUUAAUGAGAAAAAUUCGAGAUCGCUCGUGAGAAAGUGUCUUUCAACGAGACAACAUUAGGCAAGGAGACAAGAGGAGAAAAAUGAUGAAAGUAGAAUGCUCGAUACCAUUGUGAAGAAAAUUUUCAAGAAUACAUUGUCUAAAUUUGUUCAAGAUUUCACCAUGAACUUUCCGGACAAUCAAAUGUUAGAUCCUUUUUGCACAUGUACAUUAGUAUCUGCAUCGAUCUCACUAUUCAAUCAUGUCAUUUAUGAAGACAAUGAGUAGAGGUAGGAUAACAGAGAUUCGAAAUUUUCAGACAGCAGAAACUGGUUCGACUUCAGGAAGAAUCGAGUCGCUUUUUACCGCAUGGAAACCAAUAACGAAAAUAGAAAACACAACGGGAUUAUCGAAGAAGAUGAAUAAAAAUUCUUCAAAGAGAAUCAGUUCUAUAACAUCGCCAUUACGUGAUCGCAAAAUAAAUAAACAUAAUACUAUCAAUACAUUUACUAAACGCGCGAAUAACGCUUCUAUCAACAUUUUAAACACCACGGAACUCGAAUCUGAUUUAAAUUCAAAUCUUCUUGUCGAAAACAAAGGUGCUCAAAGUAUAAAAUCUAACAAAACCACGAGUAAAAAUAAAGUCGAAAUAUUUGAGACGUUAAAUAAUCAUCGAGAAUGGGACACGAUCGAACGUAUUAAGCGUUCCUUGGACAAAAAAUCCAAUUACGUAGGCUUCAGAGAACAAGUUCCCUCUUCGAAGAGAUUCUAUCGUCAUCCAGGCCUAAGUUACGAGGAGCAACAAAAUCAACUUGACCACAUGAUCCAAACAAGAAAUAUAAAUCAAAAUCUCGGAAAUGCGACGAAUAAACUACUUGACACGUUCGAGUCAUCGCAACCAGAGACUACUAUCGAAUACCCAUCGAAAGAGCCAAGCAAACAUAGUUACGUCCCAAUUUUUCCUAGUUGCAACGAUACUGAAAAUUUCGAAUCAAACGAUUCAGACAAUAAUACAAGACAAAAUUUAAGUAAUCGUAAUAACGAUAAAGUAGAUUUUGCAGAGACACAAGAGGCCAAAGAUUUAAAAAUUGAUAGAAAUGUGUUAAACGAAACGUUUCAGGAUACGAAUAAAUUAAAGAGCUCGGUUAGACAGCAGAGAAAGGACAAUAGUUACAUCGAUAUACGGGAUCACCAGAAAAGUGUCGGAAAUGUAACAUCUGCUAUUGCUGAGUAUAAUCCAAACAAAAUUCCGUACGUCGAGGUGCCGGAUUAUUCUGAUAUCAGAGAGGAAAGUUUAGACGAGGGAGAUCGCAGAGAAAAUGAAACGAGAACUGAAUUUGUCGAUCCAGAAGUAUCCACUGAUCUUAAAGAAUCUGCUAAAUCACCCAACGAUUCGUCCGAGGGAAGUGUAAAAGACAAAUCUAGAAAAAAUUCAAGGCAAAAUUUAAGUAAAGAAAGGGAGUCAGAUUUGACGAAUUUGGACAAACUUUCCGACACUGACAAACCCGAUAAAGAUAAAAGUAAGGAAAGCAAUUCAAAUUUUACAAACUCGGGCAAGUCUUCGAAAACCGACAAACAAGAUACAGUUAACGGAAAUAAAUCGUUGGAGGAUUUAGGGUUUAGGCAGAAUUCAGAUAUCGAGGAUAAUACGAAACCAAAAACAUCGAUAGGCUCCAAAGAGUCCUCUGAACUUUCAAAGAACGACGAACUUGAAGAGAACGAUAAAAAGAAUCUAUUUAAAGAUUUAAAGGAUGAUUUAAACAACGCCAACCUUAAGAAACUGGAAUGGAAAGAAAAUGCGAGGGAAGGGAAUGGCGAGCCACAGGAAGAUUCUGAGGAAACAGGGCAAGGGGAUUCUGAAAGUAAAUCGGGGCCCAUAAUUUUCGAUAUAAAUGAAUACAGGAAGCCAUUCGAUCUAGACGAAUUUCUUAAGGACGAUCCGAUAAUGAAAAAGUUGAAUCUGCUCGAAAAGGAGACGCGGACCAAGUACGGACAGAACGGGAAACGAGUUUCAACCGACUUUAACGAAUCCGAAAGUGAUAAUACGUUCAGGGAACGAGCGAAUGGCCGAGGGAAUUCAAAGGAGGUUCGAGACACUUUCGAUGAUUUACCAAGAUCGUAUAAAUCCAGUGACUUCGCUGAUAUGUUCGCAAAAAUCGACGAAGGAAACCACGAUAAUCAAAACGAAGGGAAUAAAGCGAAAAAAGGAACGGAAAAUGAUAAUCAGGAAAGUAAAGAGUUUAAUAAAGAAAAUAGCGACGAUGAUUUUUUGACAAUUUUCAAAAAGGAGGAUUUCUCGUCUAAAUUUGAGAAAGAACAGGAUAAUGAAAGUGAAGCGAAGGAGAAGGCAAGGAAUGAUAAUGUGAAAGGUAAAGAUUCCGUAGAAGAGAAUAGUAACGAAGAUUCUCUAAUAAUUUUCAAACAGAACAAGGUAUAUCCUUUAAUCAAAUUUGAAAACGAAAAAGUAUUUCCGUCUGGUUAUUUAAAGAACGAGGAGAACAAUAGAAACGUCGUAGAUCGUAGAAGGAAGAAUAACAAGUAUCAAGAAGACAAGCACGACGCAUUGUCGACGAUCUUGAGCAAGAAAAGCCAGGUUUCGCGACUGGACGAGGACAUCGAUGGAAGGAUCGAAGACGGGGACGCUUACAAAAACUUCUGGUCCUUAGAAUAUAAAUCUCCGCGGUCGAGAGUCGACAUGGAGGCGCAAGAAAGGAGGAAAUAGCGGGAUAGCGAUUGAAAUCUUGGCGAGACGUCUCGCGUCUUCUGACAUUUUGACGUGCAACACGGAUGAAGAUGUUACGGUAGACCGAUCUUG